GUCAGAGAUUUCCAAAACAAACAAAAAAAUGGAGAAAAGGCUCCGGUCAUCUCUCAAGACAUCCUCCGAAGAAUUCCUCUCAUCCGCCGUCAAAUUAACCCUUAAAUCCUCAAAACCCUCACUAAAAACCAUCAUCAACGCCGUCAAACCUUCCUCUGACCUCUCAUCUUCUCUCCCACUCGCUCUUCACAACUCCAUCCUCCACCACACAGAAUCCUUCCAAAAACUCCUCGACGAAGUUAAUAACAACAAUACCUAUAUCCCUUCUCCUUCCAAUUCGCCUCCAACGAAACGACACCGUGGUACCACCGGAACCUCACCAGAUUCGGAUUUGGAUCAACGUAAGCAUCAGAUCCUUGCUUCUCUUCAGAUUCUCUCUUAUGUUCUUCAUUUAUGUCUUUUAAAUCCGAAGAAUGCGUUUCCUACUUCCGAUUUACUUCCCGCUGCUCAAGCUUUGCAUAAUAAUCUUAGAUUGUUCGAAUCGGAUUCGGUUUUGUGUCUUGAGAUUGCUGGAGUUUGUGAGUGUUGGUGGAAGGAAGGUUUAGUGGGAAGAGAAUCUUUGAUUUCUCAGUCGUUACCGUUUUUGCUAUCGAGGUCAUUGACAUUGAAGAAGAAAGUUGAUGUUCAUAGAGUUUAUAUGCUUAGAGAAGCUUUUACAUUGUUUGAUUUUGAGGAUGAGAGUAUAGAAGAUCUUAGGAUGUUGCUUAUGCGGUGUGUUGUUUCGCCGUUGUAUGUGAAGACUGAAGAUGGUCAGAGAUUUGUUUCUUUUGCUUUCGGGCUUAGUCGACAGUUGAUGAAAUCUGGUCUUGCUGUUGUUAAGGCUCAGAUUCCUUUGGGGAGCAAAUCUGUGCUUGAAGGUUUUGGUGGGAUUUUGUUUAGAGCUUGGAAAGAAGUGGAGUUAGAUUUAAAAGGUGAGAUUGAAGAUGGGUUUUUGCAGGGGAUUAUUGAUAGUGCUAUUCACGCUAGUUCGUCCGCCUUUGCUGCCUCGUUAAGGAGGGUUUUAGGCGGGUUUAUUAGUCAGCGGACCUCUCAAGGUGUUGAGAAGCUUCUCUUUACUCUUGCUGAGCCUAUGAUAUUUCGCUCGUUACAGGUUGCAAAUUCAAAUGUUCGUUUAAAUGCUUUACAUUUGCUUCUGGAUCUUUUCCCCAUGGAGGAUCCAGAUGCAACAAAAGAAGCAAAAGAUACUCUGCUUGACAAACAGUUCUACUUGUUGGAAAAAUUAUUGAGUGAUGAAUGCCCAGAUGUGAGGUCUGUUGCUGUGGAAGGUCUCUCUCGAGUUUUCUAUCUUUUCUGGGAAGUGAUCCCAUCAGCAACAAUUACCAAGGUCCUCACGAAAAUUUUCGAUGAUAUGUCACAUGAAUCGUGCAGUGAGGUUAGACUUUCAACGGUUAAUGGUAUAACUUAUCUCCUCGCGAACCCACAAUCCCAUGGCAUUCUUAAAGUGAUUCUGCCAAGACUGGGGCAUUUGAUGCUAGAUAGUGUUACUUCAGUACGCGUUGCAAUGGUAGAUCUACUGCUUCUUAUACGAGAUGUUCGCGCUUUCCAGUUUAACACGGUAGUGAGCUUGGAUGUGUUAUUAUCUGUGCUUGCCUCUGAUCAGACUCAUGUUGCUAAGGGAAUCGCUCGACUGCUAAUACCAUCAUACUUUCCAUCACGAAAGAGAGCUGAGGAGGCAUGCCAGCGAUGUAGGACACUCAUAAACAGAAACCCAAAGGCUGGUGCAAGAUUUUGCGAAUUUUUAGUAUCUCUAGGAGCAACCGUUAAAUCUGUACUGCACCUUGUUGGAUUCUUCUUGAAUUCAGUUUUGUCAGGUGAUAAGCUAUUGGAGAAUCAGACUGAAGGCUUGCUUCGUGCUGCGUACUAUCUCUGUAAAGAUUUGGUUGCUGAUUCUGGGUGUAUGGCCUCCCUGAAAGAGUUGUUACCUGGAGAAAAAUUGAAAAGCUUGCUAGCUUUCGCACCCACUGCACAGGCUCAGUCAUCUGUCAUUGAUAUAAUCACUAUGGUCUCCCCUGAUAUUGUCUCUGAAGUCCUUGAAGAUUGCAUGAAUUUAGUUGUUAAUUGUGGUGGUUUGCCUAGUGAUGCAGGACGACAGACGGAGUUGAGAUCUGUACACAAGUUACUCCUGUCUUCUAAUGCCUUUUGUGACCUCAUUGGAACUUUUACCAGUAUCAUGCAGAAGACUGCGUACCGUUGUCAAAUCAAUUUUGGCUAUGAAGUAGAAAGAAAGAAUUUACAGUCCAUGAAGAGGAAGAAAUCAAAAUCCUCUGGAAAAUCUUCGGUAAGGUGGAAACAUGUUAGCGGAAAAAAUGCAAUCAGUUUCGAGGAAGAUUAUUUGGUUGCUGUAGGAAUAGCAUGGCAAAUAAAGGAUUUACUCACUACCGAAGAUGCACGUAAAUCUAUACUGGAGUCUGAUAUUGAGGAGCUGCUCCUUUCCUUAAAAGUCGUCUCACACACUAGCAUUUUGCAAGCCACUUGUUGUGAAUACAUGGACGUGAAUCCAGAUAUUAUGGACCAAACAAUGGAUCACAUCCUAGUCUGUACAGAUGAACUAUUUCAGGCAGGUGACAUUGGAACGCCAGGCACCACAUCUCCAGAGGCUAACCUUAGCAAGAAACCGACUACAAGUAACGGCAACCAACCAAAACGAAGAAAUAGAAAUGCUCGUGAUGAUGCUUCUGAAGGAUCAAAGGAAGGAGGUGUACUGAACAAGGUCAAAAUGCUAACUGCGAUUUUCAAGUUUUUUGUUGAGUCUACAGAGAUGGGUCUAGCUUCCAACUUUCAAGCAAGUAUGUUUAAGUUUUCAUCUGCGUAUCUAAAGUAUGUCAUCUCCAUUUUCAACGACCAUUCAACCGGUAAGUUAGAAUUUGAGGACGCUGAUAUGAAGGAAAUGAUUCUGUGUACAAAAAGCUCCACCAGUUAUGCCGGAAAGUUCAUAAACCUAGUGAUGAGACAUGCAACCGAAGCUUCACGCCCUUUGUUUGAAUCAUUUGACCUUGCAAAUGACCUGCUUGAUCUCUUCACCAUGGUUGAGAAAUCGUUAGGCUCGGCUUAUGCAUCAAGAAUUGUGUCAGCUUUAAACCCUUGGAUUCCAGAUUUGGUUCUUGCACUAGGACCUUGUUUCAUCAACAACGACAGCGAAGAAAGUUCAUACACCAGCUCAUUCAACCACAUCAAACUCUGCUUUCCUUCAUGGCUUCUUACAUGUGCGAAGAUCGAACUACAUGAAAUUAACAAAGAAGAUGUGACUGAGACCUCGGGUUUCCUGGCAUUAAAAAAACUGAGAAACACUAUAUUUACAUUGGUGAAAGGUAACACCAAGGUGUUAGAUGCAAUUGGUUAUGUUCUUUUGUUAUGUUUGGCAGUCUGUAUAGAGAAGAGGGAUUACAGUACGGCUCUCGGGUUGCUACACUUGGUAUGUGUGAAGUUGGUAGGUAGUGAAGAUAGAGAGUGGAAAGAGCUGGACACAAUGUUGGUCUUACUUCCGAGAAUUUACCCGAUAAUAGAGCGAGAGAUUGGUGAAGGAAGAGAUGAAGAUGAAGUGAAGACGCUGGAGGCUGCAAGAGAACUGCUUCAACCUGUGUGGAUGUACCAUGUCUACGAAACCGGAAGGUUCCACAUGAUGGAUGAGGAAGAAGAAUAGAUAAGAAUGUAACAUUAUUCGAGAGCAGUACUGUAUUAUGAGUUACUGCUGAAGCAUGUAAAUAUGAGUUAAUCCAUGACAAUCACUUCCGAGAGUUUACCAGAUAACAUGAGCUAAUUCAUGGUAUUUAUUGUUUAUAGAAACUACCUUAGACA